AUGAAGUUUCUAGUAGUGUUGUCCGUCUGUUUGGUGGUGGCCACAGCCGGUCCAGCGGAAGACAUCUGGCUGAAGUACAACCGGCGUAUGCCCGGAGGAGUUAACUUGCGGGAAGAUCCUCCUAGCAGCGGGGGUCGGAUCGUUGGAGGUGUUGAAACCGACAUCAUGAAUGUUCCGUAUCAGCUGUCGCUUCGCGAAUAUGGAUCCCACAUCUGCGGUGGAUCGGUGAUCUCGGAACAGUGGGCCCUGUCGGCCGCUCAUUGUGUUUACCCGAUGCCGGAUGUUGAAACGUUCACGCUUCGCGGAGGUUCCACUAGCCGUCUCGAGGGAGGAUAUAUCUUCGAGGUGGCCGAGAUCGUCAUCCAUCCUCAGUAUGAUCCAUACAACAUCGAAAACGAUGCAGCUCUGCUGCGUACUGUGGAACCUUUGGUGGGUUACUUCAUUUCUCCGAUUGCGUUGAUGCCUCUCAAUGAGGACAUGCCAGCGGGAACUCGUGCCGUCGUUUCCGGAUGGGGUUUGAUGAGUGUCCCCGGAAGUCUUCCGGUGAAUCUUCGAAUGGUUUCUGUGCCGAUCAUUGACCAGGAUCAGUGUGCUCAGGCAUGGCCAACUGGUUGGAUCACCGACGACAUGAUCUGUGCCAGUGAGCCGCUGCGAUCUUCCUGCAACGGAGACAGCGGUGGCCCGUUGGUAGUCGGUGGACGCCAGAUCGGUAUCGUAUCUUGGGGACAGUAUGGAUGCUGGGCGGAUUUCCCAACUGUGUUUGCGCGCGUUUCUAAUGCACGCAUUCGUAACUUUAUUUCAGAAGUUGCGGGAGUGUAAACGUUAGUGUUGAUUAACAUCAUACAAUAAAUUUAAAUGCCGAAAGUUA